CGACAAAGCUAACCGCAAGUAGUUUGCAGGCGGCGUCGGUUUUGACCACAUAGUCAAGAUGACAUUGCUGAUGACAAUCGUUGGUGUUGCUGCGAUAGCUUCUACCUGCGCAGCGACCUCUCCUCUGUUCAAGCCUCCCGUUCUGACUUUGAUCGCUGGAGAUAUGCUCCCACAAUCCAGCGAUUUUCAACAGGAAACAACAAAAAAUCACACCAUUGAAGCGAGACAAAUUUCCAACACCCCUGAAACGCUCCAGCGGAAACCUGCGAUGGUUCCAGAAAUCUGGAAGACAUUGUUUCACCAGGAUAUUUGGGAGACUUUAAGUGCAAAUGAGAUCUGGAGGAUGGUCCGAUCGGAUCCAAGUUGGAAGAGUGUGUCCUCUGAUGUAAUCUGGAUGGCUUUGAAAAAUGAUCCUGAAUGGAGGGAUCUCAGCUUGGAUGAGAUCGUCAGUUUCGUUACCCAAGAUCUUUCAUUGAAUCAGUCAGACCUCAAUAGCCUUCGCCGGCUGCUAAAAAAUUUUUCGGACCGCGUCGGCGCUCGACAAGAAAAAUAUCCGGAGUCUGAAGACCUUCCAUCGCCAAACUUGGAAUCUCGGAACGCAUUCCUUCCGUCAAAUAAGAGUCCUGAGUAUGUCCGAAACAAAUUGGGCUCUAAUAGGCCCCAAUCACGAAUUUUGCCUCCUGGCCGACAAGAAGACCAUGAAAAUUCCCAAAGUAUUUACUUUGGUUCCUCAGAAGAAGACGAUACUAUAUUCACCGGCUCAGAUGACUUGAGAAGUUCGCAGGCACGGAACCCUGGGCCAACAAAAAUGACUUAUGAACAUCCACUGGAAGAUGAUUACUUGACUCACCCUAAGUUACCGCCUGCUUCACCAGAUGUGAGCUCUGAUACCCGCAAGAAUUUCAUGAAUUAUGCUGAUACAGCGCCUAUGACGCCGAAUACCUUUGGAUCAUCUAAUGUCAGAACUCAUAACUUGUAUAUCGAUGUUGUGCCACACAAGAACCAAGACUACACGCAGCCAGAAGAGGAUUCGCAAGAAGACCAUCAUCCAGAGGUGGCCAGAAGGCCACCUCCAAGUAGUGCUUUUGACCCUACAAUUAGUAGACAAUCGGGAACUAACAGGAAUUUUGAAGAACCAAACGGUCAGUUAUAUAAUCCUUACCCUAAUAUAAAACCCCCCUCAGCAGCUUUUGACCAUGAGUCUAGCGAUGGUCAUUUACCAAACCAAUAUUACAGCCAGAAUCCUGUGGCACCGGCAUCAAGUGCAGGUCUACAUCAGGAUUUCAGUCAAGAUAGCCCGAGAAAACCAGCACAAUUAUGGUACGAUCAUCGCAGUGACUACGAUCAUUCACCACAGAAGGACGAAUAUCCCGUAGACGAUUUCACGAAAUAUCCCAGGCGUGGUUCACAAGGCCGAGGCGCGGAAAUCGCUGCAUCAAGGCAAUUGAGAAAUCAUCCCGAACACCGGACAGAGGACGAUUUCCAUCAAGGAAACGACCACGACACGGAUCAGAGUGAACUGCGAUUUGCGAUUUCCAUGAAUCCUGAUGAAAAUAAAUCUCGGUUUGCAGUGGAAACUAAACCCAAAGUCGCCAACCCGCACGUUCAACAAUUCCAAGAUUUCCAUGAUUUUGAUUCAGAGCCACAGGAGGAACCCACCGCCAGAGGAGAUCCUGUGAAGCUGGGACAAACCCUACAACCGGCAGAACAUUCCUAUUAAGACUUACUUGGACUCGAUGCAUUGAAUCAAAGACCAUGUUGAACCGUUUAAGACAACUAACCAAACAGUUUACAGUAGAUGAAAAAUUUAGCAUCCUUGUACUGACUAUUAAGUGAGAAACUUAUUUCCCAAUGUAAAUUAUCAUGAGACUAAUGACAUCAUGAAAAAAGUUUGGUAGAUUACUAAUUGAGGUAAACUUGGUGACACAAGUGUAAUGUAUUUUAAAAACUAUUUCAAGUGAUUGCUAAGUAAAAAUGCAGAAACUAC